AAGAGCAGUGGGAUAUCAAACAGUUUCUAGCCUUCCGAAGAAGCAAAACAACGAAAUAUACCACCAUGCUCAAAUACGUAUGUUCUUGAGAAAGGACCCUCAAAGGAUUAAACUAAUCAAGCUGAUUUAUUCACAGGCCGUCGUCGUCCUCGCACUCGUUGCCUGUGCUGCUGCCAAGCCUGGACUCCUGGGUGCGCCAUUGGCCUACACUGCUCCCCUGGCUUACACUGCUCCUGCUGCCGUGGUAGCUGCUCCCGCUCCAGUUGUGACCGCCACCAGCCGCCAGGUGAUCGCCAGGAACUUCAAUGGAAUCGCCGCCGCUCCUGUGAUUGCUCCCGUGGUGGCCAAGUACGCUGCUGCUCCUCUGUCUGCUCCAUUAGCUACUCCUUUGGCUGCUCCUUUGGCUGCUCCCCUGACCUACUCCUCGCCUUUUGCCUACUCAGCACCUCUGAGCUAUGCCGCUGCUCCUGCACCGCUCCUCAUCUAA